AAAUCGGGUUUGUUGAUUCUACAGAUAUGAGAGUAAGGUUAUUCUCUGUCGACUUCAGCUUUCUCAACGACUACUACGAGACGAAGGCGUACAAAGACCGGCAGCUGACACACUCUUCAGCCGAGCAUGAGUACGGCAGCCGCAGGGCCAGCCCCAUCGAGGCGUACAACACCAUUAAGCGGCUGUCGGUUGACUGGAACAAGAUAGUGCUCCACUUCAGGGAGCCCGACUGGAUGGAGAUCGAGAAGCUGAUGGUGGAGUCGAACGACACGUUCCCGCGUCCGAGCGACCUGGUGGACGCCGGCGAGGCGCUCACUGUCAUCCAGAAGACGUACCGUCUCAACAUCACCGACAUGGCCAAGGGAGUAAUCAAGGGCCACAAGGCGAAGGCGCAGUUGACACCGCGAGACUGUCUGUACUUCGGCCAGCUGCUGUACAACCAGUAUGACUUCGAGCCCGCCAUCAAGUGGUUCGAAGAGGCACUCACGAGGCUGAGCCUCGAGAAGCAACCGUCCGUCACGCCAGAGACGGUGCACGGUUACCUCGACAGCAGUCUCCUGCAGCUGGAGGAACAGCUGCGGCAGCAGGAAGAAGAGCGCAACAGCACGGAAACUGAAACUGAAGUCAACCCGAAGGUGCCCACCCUUGCAAUGCCCUUCGCCGAAGGUUUCCAGGAGACGUUCAACGGCCUCUGCCGCGGAGAAAAAAUCCGGAAUGCUACCGAAGAGAAGGACCUGCGCUGUUACCUGAGCGUUCCGCACCCAUACUUCCGAAUCGGUCCGGUAAAAAUGGAGGUCAUGAGCCUAGACCCCUACAUUGUCCAGUUCUACGACGUCAUCUGGCCUGAGGAGAUACGAGCAAUCCGCAACCUAGGAGAGCCCAUGCUGUCCCGCGCCACAGUCCGCGAGGCGGUCGAGCAAAUGGUGUCCCACGGCCGCAUCAGUCAGGUGGCGUGGUUGAGACCAGACACCGACCCGCUGCUAGAAAGGGUCAACGAACGGGUGGCCAUGCUCACCGGACUGUCCACAGACUACGAGGGUGGCGACUCCGAGAUCCUACAGGGCCGCCUUCAGAUCGUGGAGUUGGAAGCAACGAUCCAGGUCAGCGUUCUCCGUGCCUGCAUAGGAAUACGCCGGUCCGAGGGCGUCCUGUUGGCGACCGCCGAGAUAUUAAUCUCUGAGCGCUUGGGCCAAUUUUUCCGCGUCUCCCGCAUAUGCAUGAAGUGCACGCUGUAA